AUGACUGGCACAGAAUCGCCUGUAGCAGCCCCUUUGCCUGCGCCAGAGCCCUAUAGCAUCUUCGACAAACGCCAAACUGCCUUGAUCGUAACAAUUGUCUCCAUCGCGGCAACAUUCUCGGGUUUCGCGUCAAACAUUUAUUUCCCCGCCCUCCCAACCAUCGCCCACGACCUCGAUGUCUCGAUUGAAUUGAUCAAUCUCACUGUGACUUCGUACCUUAUUUUCCAAGGGCUAGCUCCCAGUCUCUGGGGCCCAAUAUCAGAUGUCAAGGGACGCCGACUCGCAUACUCACUCACCUUCAUUGUCUUCCUGGGAGCAUGUAUCGGCCUGGCAGAAGCUAAGAACUACGCGACCAUGGUUGUGCUGAGGUGCAUUCAGAGCACUGGUAGUGCUAGUACAAUUGCUAUAGGCUCAGGCGUUAUCGGGGAUAUUACGACACGAGAUAAUCGUGGUGGUCUCAUGGGUAUAUUUCAGGCAGGGCUGCUGGUGCCCGUGGCAGUGGGACCUAUCAUCGGCGGUGCGCUGGCUGGAUCUCUUGGUUGGAGAUCCAUCUUUUGGCUGUUAACCAUCUACAGCGGUGUUUUCCUGAUUUUCUUGGUUCUGCUCUUGCCCGAGACGCUGAGGUCUAUCGUUGGUAAUGGGAGCCGGAUACCUACACACGCCCUAGCCAAAUACCCCUUGCGCGUUUAUCAGAAAACGACCAAAGUCCAAUGGAAUUGCGACGCGGUCUCUACAUCGCCUGCGGCGAAGAAGCACAUCGAUGUUACUGGACCCUUCCGAAUCCUUAUCAGCAAGCAAGCCGCUCCCAUCAUCGUGUUCCUCGCAGUCUAUUAUGCUGUUUGGCAGAUGAGCAUCACGGCUAUGUCUAGUCUUUUCGAAGAUAAAUAUGGUCUCACAGAAAUUCAGAUCGGCCUGACAUUUAUCGCCAACGGCGUAGGCUCCAUGGUAGGAACACUAAUUACCGGCAAGAUACUCAAUCUCGACUACCGCCGUUUCAAGGCUCGGCAUGAUGCACGCAUUGCGAGCAGUAACACAGCGGAUGACGUUGAACCUGUCAAUACGCGAACGGCCCAGGAAAAUGACUUCCCGCUGGAGACAGCACGUCUCCGUCUCGUCCCCCUGUUUUCCCUGCUUCAAUGCGCAUCCAUCUUGCUCUUUGGCUGGACCAUACAAUAUCCGCAUCGAGUUCACAUCGCUGUGCCAAUCGUGUCGACAUUCAUCACGGGUUGGUCUGCCGUUUCCAUGCAGUCUGUAGUCAUGACAUAUCUUGUCGAUGUGUUUCACGACCGUAGCGCCGCCGCCAGCGCCAGCUUAAACCUCGCCAGAUGCCUGUUCGCCGCCGGAGGCACGAGCUUCGUUAUGCCAAUGAUCAACUCUAUCGGUGUCGGAUUGGCGUUUACUGUCUGUGUUGCGGUGCAGGGUGUUGCAAUGACGAAUUUGGCUAUUCAAUGGAAGUUUGGCGCGAAAUGGAGACGGGCAGCGGAUGAUAAAAAGGCAACGGCUCAGGUGUCUCCGCAUAGCUAA